AUGCACCCCAGCUUCAUAACCUCAGCCUUGACGGCGUUUAGCGCUCUUGUAAUUGGGUCUACCGCUCUUCAUACCACAGGGAAUGAUCAAGUUGUCAAAUACGCUAUUCACAAGGUGCGAGUAACACAAAGCAAUUCUUCUCAUGCCGUUUCCAUCGGUACUGCAAACCAGAAUUGGCUCUACACAGUGGAACUGUCGAUAGGAACACCUCCUCAGAAAACUCUCGUUCAGUUGGAUACAGGCUCUAGCGAGAUGUGGGUCAAUGCCAACUGCAGUGCCGCUCCAACUGCGCUCAAUCAGAAGGAAUUAUGUGACAAAGUGCCUGUAUACAAAGUCAACGACUCCAGCACGGCGACUGGACCCUUGCGUUCGAGCCAGAUUCAAUACGGAGUAGGCGAACAAUUAACGGGAGUGAGGUUUAACUACUAUAAAGAUACCGUGAAUAUUGGAGGAAUCGAGAUCAAGGAACAAAUUUUCGGUGUUGCUUGGGCCAGUGCCAACGUUCCAAUUGGGAUCUUGGGCCUCGGUCCCGAUUUGGAUCGGGGAUUCGCUCUCAAUGAGUCUCAUCCACUCGUCCUCGAUGCAAUGGCCCAAUCAAAAUCCAUAUCAAGCAGAGUCUACAGCGUUGGCCUUGGCGGCGCCGAUGAAGUAGAGGGAUCAUUAAUAUUUGGAGGCAUCGACAAGGGGAGAUAUACCGGUUCGCUAGAGAAGCUUCCCAUUGUAAAAAGCACUGAGGGUAAAUCGAGGCAAGUACCUCAUGCUCAGCUUCAUAUUUCUAUCCAGUGCGACGAGACUAACCGCCUAAUCAGACUCACUGUCGAUCUUUCUGCAUUGAGUAUACAUGGAAAAGGCAAAUCCCGCGAGUAUGACAUUUCCAAUCAAACCAACGUCUUGCUUGACACCGGUUACACAAUGUCAAAGUUGAACCAAAAGCUGGCCGAGCAGAUUCACACAGAUAUCGGGGCCAAACUAGAUGAGAGCCUUGGGUACUAUGUGGUGGAUUGUUCAGUACGAGACGUCGACGGCGGCCUUGAUUUCAAAUUUGGUAACAAAACUAUCACUGUCCCAUUCCAUGAGUUCAUUUUCACGGCAGAGGGGAUCUGUGCCGCCGGAUUGGAACCCGUAGAGGAAGGCCAGCAGCAAGUGCUGGGACUGAGUUUCCUCAGAGCCGCAUACGUGGUUUUCGACUGGGACAAUGAAAAUGCUCAUCUGGCACAGUUGGCAAAUUGCACCUCGGAGAUUGUGCCAGCUACAGCCGGGCCAGAUGCCGUCCCAUCCGUGGUGGGAAAUUGCGAAGCGACUCUGUCAACCACGAACGUUUCCUCCGCGGCGACAAGACUAGAAAGUGUGGCUAUGCUCAUGUUUGCACUAGUAAUAGCGGCGGUUCUUGAGUAA